AUGGACGGAAAAACAACAAAAGACCUCAAAAAAGAAAAGAAGGAAAAGGCGCCUCGGAAAAUGUCAAAACAAGAGCAGCGGCUUAAAAAACUCUCGGAGAAGGCUGUCACAGUAAACGCGGCAGACGCACUCAAACAAAACGAAGAAGACAUGAUUAAGGAGAAGCCAUUUGUUAGUAGUAUGCAAACUAAGUUUUAUGAGCCAAAUGGUCUUUCCAAAUCAAAGAACCAACUCUCUGCUUUGGCGUAUGACGUCCAGCAACACGAGAAAGAGCUUGCUGAAAAAAAGGCUGUGAAUAGUGCAAAGAUGCAGAAGACGCGAGACAAGUAUGGGUGGUGA